UCUCAGGGGGGGAGAGAGCAACUUCGAGAGCUCGUCGCCGACAAAAAGAAGGAUUUAUUCUAAAGAGGCAAAGAACCUUAUGGAUUUGGCAUUCUCUUAAUAGUAUCACUCUUUUCUAGUUAGAUAGAGAGAGAGAGAGAGCCAAAGAAGUCCCGAGGGAGAGAGAGGGGGAGGGGGAUGGAAGGAGAGGCUUCGACCGAGACGGUGUCCCCGGAGCCGCUGCUCCGGCCGGUCCGGGGGGAGCCGGCCCGGACGAGCCGGCUGGCGGCCACCCUGGGCCGGGCGUUGGGCCAGCGGGGGUCCUCGAUGCUGGUGCGCGAGACGGCCGCGCUCCAGCUGGAGGAGCGGCGCGCCGACUGGGCUUACUCGCGGCCGGUAGUGGCGCUCGACAUCGCAUGGAACCUGGCCUUCGCCGCCGUGUCGGUUGCCGUGCUGGGGGCCACCACCGGCGAGCGGCCCAACACGCCGGUCCGGGUCUGGAUCGCCGGGUACGCGGUCCAGUGCGUGGUCCACGUGGCGCUGGUCUGGACGGAGUAUCGGCGGCGGAGCGCUCAGCGGCGCGGGGUGGAGGAGCGCGGCGGCGGGGAGAGGGCGCGGUCGGACUCUGAUGCCGGGGACAGCGAGGAGGAUGGGGAGGAGGGCGGAGCGGGGAGAAGCCAGCAGUCUAGUGCUGCAAAACGAUGUGAAUCUCUUAAUACCAUGGCAUCCUUUUUGUGGUGGAUUAUUGGCUUCUAUUGGGUGGUUUCUGGUGGUGAAACUCUCUUGCAAAAUGCUCCAAGGCUUUACUGGUUGACCAUAGUUUUCCUAGCAUUUGAUGUCUUCUUUGCCAUCUUUUGUGUGGCAUUGGCCUGCAUUAUUGGGAUUGCACUUUGCUGUUGCUUGCCGUGCAUUAUUGCAAUUCUGUAUGCUGUGGCAGGCCAGCAAGGUGCAUCAGAUGCAGAUAUUAGCAUUCUACCGAGAUAUAGAUAUUCUGAGCCUUGUGUCAAUGGACCAAAGACAACUGAAGAAGGAUUAAUGGUUCCAAUUGUAAACAACAAUGGAAUUUCAACAUGUGAACGUGUUUUACUACAUGAGGAUGCAGGGUGUUGUAUUUGUCUGACGCCAUAUGAAGAUGGAACCGAACUCCAUGCACUUCCAUGCAACCAUCAUUUCCAUUCCACGUGCAUUAUCAAAUGGCUCCAUAUCAAUGCAACCUGCCCUCUUUGCAAGUACAACAUUCUCAAGGGGAAUGAUAUUCUGUGAAGAACUACAAUCAUCAUGACCUUCUGUUUGAUUGUUUGUCUUCUUGCUUGUACAUAAAGAAUGCAAAAGAAUGAAGAAGUGCAGUAUUUGCAGAUGCAGUGAUUGGUGCCAAAAAUUGCCUCGUCUAUUGACUUCACAUUCGCUUGGCACGGUGAGCUGAUACUUCAAAAUAGAUUGGUGAGUGUUCGUAACAAACUUGCUUGAUGUCGAUGAAUGUUUGGUGUAGCUAGUUUGAUUGAAGAUUAAGUCUUUUGUAACCGUGGCUUGGCUUAACGUUGUUGUAAAUAUUUAAUCUUGUAACAGCUUUUGCUUUUUCUGUUACACAAGAUCAGAAAGGUUUUAUUUCGGCAGCAUUUCCUGUACCAGCUCUGAAGUUCUUUAUACUUGCUAAUAUCAUUUUGAUGUUUCAAGCCUUUGAUGAAAGUAUCACCCUGUUUAUGGCGGU